AAAAUGCUCCCUCCUCUUUGCCUGCUGUGAGAUCGUAGCUAGCAGCAGUAGCAGCAGCUAGCCGGUAGCCGCCACUCUGCUUUUUACAUCCACAAGACUGACAGAGGGCAACGUCGUGAUGGAAAUUGACUCGCUUCAAGAGGCGCUCAGAGAUUUUGAUAAGCAAGCAAAGACGGAGGCAUCUCCUCUUCUGGAACAGUUUCUAUGUCAUAUUGCCAAGACUGGAGAGACCAUGGUUCAGUGGUCUCAGUUUAAGAACUACUUCCUGUUUAAAUUGGAGAAGGUGAUGGAUGACUUCAGAGCCUCAGCACCUGAGCAAAGAGGUGCUGCUAAUCCCAACGUGGAGUCAAUUCCAUUUGAAGAUAUGAAGGAGAGAAUUCUGAAGAUUGUGAAUGGAUACAAUGGAAUUCCAUUUACGAUCCAGCGCUUGUGCGAGCUGCUCACAGAACCCAAGAGGAACUACACAGGAACAGAUAAGUUUCUUCGGGGGGUGGAGAAGAAUGUAAUGGUGGUCAGCUGUGUUCACCCAACCUCAGAGAAAAAUGGAUGCAGUGCUGUCAACAGAAUGAAUGGAGUGAUGCUUCCUGGGAACACAUCUGCUUUUACAGAGAGGAAAGUGAACGGUCCUGGUACUCCCCGGCCGCUGAACCGACCGAAGGUGUCUCUGGCCAACUCCCCAGCAGCCAACGGCCUGCCAGACAGCACAGACGACAAAGACCUCAACACAGAGCAAGAAGACGACAAGGACUCCAGUGAGGUUUCAGCGUCGGGAGCUUCUCUGGGGAGCUCAGUGAAGAACAAACACCCAGAAGACGCAGAAGAGGACAUGGAAGCCGAGCAGCAGGAAGUGAAGCGACUUAAGUUCAGCAAGGACGAGGACGAAGAAGAUGAUGAGGAGGAUGAAGAGGAAGAGCAGGAGGCGGACACUAUGAGGCCUUUACAUGCCACCUGCCUCUCAAAAGAGGCAGAAGCCAUGGUCCAGGAGGAAGAGGAAGAGGAGAAGGUCGGGUACAGCAAGGAGAACGAAGCCUCCAGCAGUGCUGCUGCUGCUGAGGACCAAGAACCCACGAGCAGCACGCAGGCCGAGGUGUGCACGGGCUCAGGUCCAGAGGCCGAGCAGGCUGAGCGGGAGGUGCCCUGCGGCUCCCAGGAGGAGGGCAGUGACAUGGAUCAAUCGGAGCAGCAGGCGCCCGCAGGCGUCCUGGAGAGCCCCGAGACCAGCAGGGACAGCGAGGAGAGCAACAGUGACCCAGUCAGCAGCAGUAGCAGUAGCAGCGGUAGCAGCUGUAGCAUAGAGGAGAGUGCUGACGCGGCCAGAGAAGACGUAGCGCUCGCUCCCUCCAGCAGUACAACCGAACCUCCUACAGAGGGCGACAUGGAAAGCGCCAUCUUGAACACUGGGUCCACCGAGGAGCCCAUGGAGCAGGACUAGAUUGAAGGCCCCCCUGCAGCCAUGUGUGACCAUAAACCAGCUUAUCCUUGAAUCCAGCUUGACUGUCACUGGGAAUGAAGAGAACUGCACCUCGUACACAAGACGAACCCUCGUCCCGCUUUUGGACACUCCUCCAAAAUGGCUACCUGGCAUUGAUGUGGGCUUAUACAUUUUCAUUUGACGAUUUCUUUUUUUUUCUUCUUCUUUUCUUUUUUAAACUGGAAUAUUUUAUUGAGCUUCUUAUCCUCUUGUUUUUAAUUUUCCCAUGAAAGAGGUUGGUUUCAGCAGCCUUGAGUUUCUUAGCUGGAUUCUUUUAUUUUUCUUCUUCUUUGGUGUUCAACGGGCAUGUUGGAUGCUGGGGUGGUCUGGUUCUUUUCUUAUACCACUCACUCCAGCCUCGUGGACAUUGUGACGGGAUUGGUAGUCUGUUUUGUACCCUUAAAGCCCAGUGUACCACACCACCAGGGUCAGAACAGAGCCAUACCAGCCCCUGUUUACUUAUGACGUUGUUUUUCAGGAUAUGAGCUACCACCACCAUUUAUGUAAAACAUAUUCUAUUAGUCAAGCAAUGACCUGAAGGGAACAGCCCACCACCACUAUAUUGUUACUCCACCAAGUUCCACCAGGCUGUUGAGAACAUGCAUUGUUUUAAAAUGUAUUUCUCCAUCCUUAUGAGAUGGUAGACAUUUUUCUUUUUUUUUCUUCCAUUGUGUCCUUAUAUUAUUUUAACCAUAUUUUUGCAAUGAUACACUACCAAUCCCACUAACAGUACAAUGACAUUCUACCUUGUUGAGGUGUCUUCUGUAAAAUUAUAUAUUUUGGAUUCAUAAAACCACCAUAAUUUAUAUGAUCAUUUCAAUUCAGUUAGUUAUUUUGGAGUAUGUUUUUGUUUUGUCUGCCAGUUGUAAAACCAGCUGUAAGUACAAAGAUGACUUCUGCUUUCUUUGUAUCGUGAUGUCACCAUGUUGUUUUACCGACCGAUAUCCAGAGCAGUUUCUGGUUCCAGUUCUACACCUGUUUCUGCAGCUGUACUUUUUGAUAUUUAGAAUUUUAAAUUUCUGUAAAGUAGAUUUUUGUAGAUUGUAAUACAGUAUGUGUUCACUGCCUUUGUGAAACCAUAUAUAAUUGUAUAAUUUCUGUGUAUACUCUGAAUGCUUUUGCUUUCAGUGCGGUAUUCAGAAACAGCAAUAAAUGUUAACAUUUUUA